AUGGCUUCAAGUUACCAUGGAGAGCCACAAGAAGAGGAAGACACAUUUGAAUAUCACAUUCAAGAUGACUUUGAUGCAAGUAUACUCACACCAGCACAACUUGUGAUGUUAUAUGAGCUUCAGAAGGAGUACCCGGGGUCGGCAAAGACAUCCCUAGCACGAAGGAUCCGGUUGGAGCUUAUUAAGGAUCGAGCAGAGCUUGAAGGAAGGGAGGUUACAAAGUAUGAGUUUAAUGUUGCCUAUGACCUUAAAGAGGUAAUGGAUUGGGCUCCACCACUCCAGCUGGAAGAGAUGGCUUCAAGUUACCAUGGAGAGCCACAAGAAGAGGAAGACACAUUUGAAUAUCACAUUCAAGAUGACUUUGAUGCAAGUAUACUCACACCAGCACAACUUGUGAUGUUAUAUGAGCUUCAGAAGGAGUACCCGGGGUCGGCAAAGACAUCCCUAGCACGAAGGAUCCGGUUGGAGCUUAUUAAGGAUCGAGCAGAGCUUGAAGGAAGGGAGGUUACAAAGUAUGAGUUUAAUGUUGCCUAUGACCUUAAAGAGGUAAUGGAUUGGGCUCCACCACUCCAGCUGGAAGGUAUAGAAAUUUCUAUUUUAGAACUUCAAUUUGAGAAAAUAUGCUUGCCUUGUGGUGAAAACAUUGCUCAUGAUCAUGAUUCUCUUGUGCUCAUCAAUGAAUGUCUUGAUAUGAUAUGUGAAACUAGGAAGCUAGAUGAGUUGAGAAUAGAAAAGCUUGCUAGAGUUCAUAUUGAAGUUUGUUUUGACAAGAGCUAUCUAUGUGCUUCAUUUGAUCUCGAAUCUGAGUUUUUGAUUCUUAAUGAACCUAGACCUCUUCUUUCUCUUGCUGAUAUAGGGGAUGAACUUGAUGUGGAUAAGCUAUUGCUUGAGAUAGAAAACCCCCUUGUCAAAAAUAAUCAUGAGAAUGUGAACAUUGUGUUCUAUUCAGUUGAUGGAGAUAGAGUUGACUACUUUGUUAAAACCUCGUUUGAACCAGUAGUUGACUUUAUCUUUCCACCAAAUGCAUUUGAUUCUCAUGACUAUUUAAACAUCAAAGAGCAUCUCAUAUUUCAUGAUUCAUCUAUAGUGAAGCUCUUUGAUGAAAAAUCUGUCUAUUUUCUAUGGACAGUAGUGUGCUCCUUUGCGCACUUGGUUUCUUGUUCUUGUAGAAGAAUGACCAAAGGUGCAUUGGCUCAGCCUUUUGAUACCUAUGAUUAGCAUGCACACAAAGUCAAGCUAGAGACUUAAAACAAGCUCACUUGGGAGGAAGUCCCAUGUUUAUCCAUUGUAUAUAUUUCUUUAUUUUUCUUUCUUUUUAAGUUGUUUAAUAAGUAUUG